AUGAACAGGGCGCAGAACUUCUUGCAAAUAAUGCAUUUCUCGACCUACGCCGGCAGAAUUGAGAAUGACAUGCUCGUGAUCAAGAAUAUCCUGUUCAAGUGUCGAUAUUUCCAAGACCGCAUCGUCGAGGAGACUGUGGUAGCCUUUUGGAUGUUCAUGGGUUAUUGUUUGCAGAUACUGCUGGCAUGCGUUGUCGGCAUAACCUCGUGGAUUCCGCAGGGUAGCUUGAUGGAUGAGUGGCUCCAGUCUAUCAGCAUGGUCAGAACUAACAUCAGACUGGUGACAUCGUUGUGCACGGUAACCAUCUCUGUUGAGGUCGGGAGAAAGUUUGGACAAAUGCGAGAAGCGGCAAAAUUGUUGAUCCGAGUGGCGGAGUCUGGUCCUGGUCCUGGAAACAUGCCUCGGAUACGAAUCAUAGGAAACAUGCCGAUACGUAUCAUAGGAAUGAAAGCCAAAGCCCGCACCCACCCCGGUGACUACGCUCGAUUCCAAAAUUAUCUGUGGAUGGUUUGGAAAGAUCGAUUCCGGGCUAAGCUACAGCCACCAGAUUCGAUGGACAAGGAGGCUUCCAAGUACUGGAUCAAGUGUCGGCAGAGGGACCUCUGCAAAAUCAUUCGUACCCUUGAAUUAUGGAAUCCGUUUUAUGUUGAAGGCGAGAAGACUAGAUUAAAGACCCAGAGUAUGAAGCUGAAGGUCAUGAAAAUGCAUCGAGAUGGGCAUGUUGGAGACGUGGAGAGGAAGGAUGCAGAGGAGGGAAAACAGUCAUCGGCGGACCAGAUUCGAAGGAGUGGAAGGGCUCCAAAGCCACGCAGGCUCGCGGACAAUAGCAUUGAAUUGGAGGAGUCUUAA